GUAUAACUACAAAGCACAUCAGCGCUUCAGGGCCAAAACAUCACUACUCUAAUAAAGAUUAUAUUGUAGUUGAUAGCAUUUUUUAAAAUUAAAAAUUUCUAUGGCCAGUCUCACCGUUGCUUUUUUAGUCGAUACUAGCGGUUCAAUGAGCCAGAGAAGUGAAAAGGGUUUUUCAUACCUCGACAUAGCCAGGAAUUUAAUAAGUUUAUUUCAAACACAAGCACAAGUUAAAGCACCACAGGUUAACACCAGUUACUUGCUCAUGUCCUUUGAAGAGGAAGUUGUUUGUGCUUUAAAGGUUCAUCCAAAAGACUUGCCUUCUAAGCUGAAAGAAGAGCUGGGAAAACUAAAGCCUAAGGAUCUUACCGACGUCGGGAAUUCUCUUAAAAACGUUUUUGAAGUCUUAAACUCUACAAGGUUUCUAACUGGAACUGAUUCUUACUGCCAGGGACGGCAACCUUGGAAUGUAGAUCCUGCUCUUGUUAUAGUUUUAACUGACGGUGGGCCUCUCGUUUCAGCUACUGAAGUUUAUAAUUCGGUUGUUUGGCCCGGUGGAAAACAGCCAGGUUCUGAGCUCUCCCUGGAACCUUUUCGUUGGGAUCAGCGCAUCUUCGCUUUAACUCUAAAAAUACCCGCCUUCUCAAGGGCACCUCAGUUGCCUUAUCACGUUAAUUUCGAUCAACCAAUCUUUUGCAAGUUCACUGGAAGCCACUCUGAUUCGGGCAUCGAGCCGUUUUGCCAGGCAUCUGGCGGCCAGUGCAUUACUGUCAAUAGCAUAAAAGAGGCUGAGUCAGCGAUGGAGUUUCUGGCCUCCAAAGUUAAGCAGCGCGGCGUAAUAGUCAGCUUUGAGCCACUACCUGGGGAGGAUUCGGGCGAAGCGCAAAAUUCGCUCGCCCGGAAGCUGAAACCGCACAGCGCACUUAACAUCUUCAUGCAUGUGCCGUCCUUUGGCAUCUGGCCGAUACCAGAAGCCUAUUGGCUUAAAGCCAGUGCUUCUAAAAUCCCUCCACGGGAAAAAGCGAAGAGCGUCAUCUACUUUUCAACUGUUUCAACCUCCUGGAUGGUGGAGGACGGCAUGUUCGACAAAUACCAGCUAGAGAGUUGCUGGCUAACUCAAGUGUUGCUAGAAGAGAACAAUCCAAACACAGCCUACCAGGUCUUUAUACUAAACAGCCACUAUACACCUGGUCGAGGCCAUCCCUUUGGAUUUUUGAAGCCGUCCUCUAAGAAUCUGUGCGUGAACCUGUUUGUGCUGCCCUACAACUAUCCCGCACUGUUUUCCUUGCUCGGUGAUUCCCUGAGAUCCAAUUGCAAUGGUUUUACUGAGAAUUUCCGCGGUCAAGGCGAGCUGAAAAGGAACCCGAACCCCACCAGCAAAUGGCGGCAUGAGCUGGACGCUUACCUUCGCGACAUCCCCCCCUAUUACAUUCCGUGCUUGAAGCAAAGACUGCAACGCUUUGGGGCCGAUCGCUUUAUGGAUCCGCAGCACACGGGGGCUCUCCCGCCUCAUAUCUCGAGCUAUCUUCAUAGGAUAAAGCAGCAGAUGCAAAGCGAGUGCGAUCGUCUGAGUGCGGGCGCGCAUGAAGAGCAUGGCACCGGCUUAUUGGUUAAGAGGUCUUCCCUGAGGGCUGCCACUAUAGAAGGGGUCGCCGUGAUACAGGCGAAAAAUCCAUUCGACAUAAAGCGUGAAGUACUUGUCCACGUUUACCAUCGAAUGGCCAAUCAGUUCUAUGCUGCCUAUGAACAAAAAUCUUAUGAGGAUGAGGAAUCCAAACACCAUGUCUCCGUGGCCGACAUGGGAGCCUUCUCGGCAGCCUAUGAGCGCGCUCUAGCAAGGAGGGAGCAAAUCAAAUUUAGAAAAAUAGAAAUCGAAAAUCCACCAACCAAUAAAUUUUUGUGCGAUGACAUUCGCCCUGACGAGGCGCCCAGCCUAAAUACAACCCACAACGCACUCUUGAAGAACACGAGAACCCGCUUCGCUAAGCAUCAGCAUUUUAAGCAAAUCAUAAGGACACGUAAUACUCCUGCCGCCUUGAUAGCACCGCCCGUCCUUUUGGAUAGCUCCGAAGAAACCCCCGAAUCGGAGCCCGUCCAACCCAGCGAACCCCCUGUAGUCCCUUACCGCCAUGGAGACACCAAAGUAUCGCACAUGUGGUCCACGCUACUUCAGCACGAGCCCAGGAGACCUGCGAUAAUGGCCGAACGCAGUGCCUUCCCUGCACCGUAUAUCCCCUCCGCCGUUCUAAAGAGACUCUCGGCGCCUGCUGAGCUUCAUUAUUUGGGAUCCGUCGAACAGUUUUUGAAGCAAAUUAAGUCUCCCGGGAAAAACACUUCAAAAGUCGAACGCCUUGCUAAUAUGCUUUCACGAGAACUCAGCGGGGAGCUUGUUUCCGCUAUUUUCACCAGAGCCCUUCAAGAAGCGCAACGCUACAAAAAGGGGGAUUUGAUUCAGUUUUUGAACGGAAAGUUGAAUCUGGUACCUUUUCAAAAAGAUAAUGCACUCCUAUUCAGCCUGUUUUCUGGGCAUUAAGUUGUACCCAAAAGGAAGAAUAUUGCAAUAAACAUGUGCUCUACUA